AUGCCAGAGGAAAACGCUACUACAACAGAAAAUAGAGAGGAACACCAAACUCAGGACUCAUCUCUAGAUAUAGAUGCAGGCGCACAAGGAGAUUUAGAGAAUGAAGUAAUAUCCGCCAUACUUGGCAAUCUAAUUCUUUAUCCCAUUCUGCUCCUUUACUUUUUAAUCACUUUCAUAUAUGUGACAUCAAAAGUAAUCCCUUAUCAGUUUAUUGAUGAAAAAUUCCAUGUUGGUCAAACCUUAACUUACCUACAAGGUGACUGGUUCAAUUGGGAUCCUAAGAUUACUACUCCACCAGGUCUCUACAUUUUAGGGUGGCUGAAUUAUCAUAUAUGGAGACCUUUUAUUAAAUCAUGGUCAGACUUGACUAUCUUAAGAUUGGUAAACUUCAUUGGGGGUAUGAUCAUUUUCCCAAUAUUCGUUCUCAGGAAAAUAUUUUGGCUUAAUGCAAUUGCAUCAUGGCCUGUUACUUUGAUGUGUUUUCCACUGAUGGCUACUUACUAUUAUUUAUACUAUACAGAUGUUUGGGCUACUAUUUUCAUACUGGCAUCAUUGGCAGUUUCACUUUCGGCGAACACAUCCAAUUUGAAAAGAAGUAUGUGGCUAAGUAGUUUACUAGCGGGUAUAAGUUGUCUCUUUAGACAAACAAACAUUGUAUGGACAGGAUUUAUUAUGGUUAUUGCCGUGGAAAGAAGUGCUAUUAUCCAAAAGCAAUUCAACACACAUAAUUUCAACAACUAUUUGAAAUUGUUUAUUCAUAGUAUAGAUGAAUUCCAAACUUUGGUAUUACCAUUUGCCAUUAAUUUUGUGUUAUUUUUCAUCUAUCUAGUCUGGAAUAGAUCCAUAACUCUUGGUGAUAAAUCGAAUCAUUCAGCGGGAUUACAUUUAGUCCAAAUAUUCUACUGUUAUACAUUUAUUAUGGUGUUCAGCGCUCCCGUCUGGAUAUCCAAGAGAUUUCUUGAUAGAUAUAAACAAAGAUGUUUAUAUAAAUUUGUCCAAACCAUUUUUGAACUUCUAAUGAUUAUGCUAGUAAUUAGAUACUUCACCAAAGUGCAUCCUUUUUUACUAGCUGACAAUAGACAUUAUACGUUUUAUCUUUUCAAGAGAAUAAUUGGCUCUAAGAGUAGACUAAUAAAAUAUUUCCUAAUGGCCCCAAUAUAUCAUUUCUCAACAUAUUGUUAUUUAGAGGUCAUUAGACCAAGCCAAUUGGUAUUUCACCCUAUUUUACCCUUACCUAUUAAAGAAAUCUCAGAAGUUCCACCAUUAUUAACUCAUAUUUCAUGGACGGCGUUAAUACUAUGUACCAUAUUUACCAUUGUUCCAUCACCAUUGUUCGAACCAAGAUAUUACAUAUUACCAUACUAUUUUUGGAGAGUAUUUAUUCUCUGUUCCUUCGAACCAAUUCUAGAUGUACCGGUUAAUGAAACUGACGUUGUCAAGACGGCAAGUGUUACGAAAAGGCUAGUUUUGGAGACACUUUGGUACAUGCUCUUUAAUGUGAUUACAUUAUACAUAUUUAUUAAGCGUCCAUUUGCAUGGGAUGAUGAACCUCAUCCGCAAAGAAUUAUUUGGUAA